GAUUAAUCGAUAAGAAUCGAUUUGCCCAGCUCGCUGAUUAAGUUGUUGUUUGCUCCAGAUUUACUUUUAAUUUCGAAUUAAACUAAUUUCCGGGAUUUCCGAGUGUAAAUCCUGCAAGGAAAACCAUGCUAAGGCCCCAGACAUCAGUGCCUGCGCUCCAGCCACCUGGCAAACGAAAGAAGCCCGCGGAACUGGAUCUGGCCUGCGGAUGGCGCGGUUGCCAGGAGAUUUGCACUGGCGAGUGGAACCUAAAUGAGCAUAUUGCCGAGCACCUGGAGCACUAUGCACGGGCGCAGGACAAUCGGGGUGCGCACUCGGAGCACAGUGCAGCACUGGAGCAUCAGUGCACGUGGAACUCCUGCGAUUUCCGCACCGCGAACCGCGUGGAAUUUGAACGGCAUGCGUACUACCACGGCUACUACUUGAACCUCCUCCUGCAGGGGCAACUGGAGUGCGAUAUGCAUCCGGAGAUCCCCGCCUGCACUGCUCCGGCCCGCCUCAUGGAUAAGCUGCCCGCUCUGGGCCAGAACUUUCGAUGUGGCUGGACCGAUUGCGAGAGAGAGUUUGUUUCGAUUGUGGAGUUCCAGGACCACAUUGUUAAGCACGCCCUCUUCGAGUAUGAUAUACAGAAGACGCCCGAGGACGAGCGCCCCAAGACGAUGUGCAACUGGGCCAUGUGCCACAAGCACAUGGGCAAUAAGUACCGCCUCAUCGAACACAUCAGUACCCACUCCAACAAGAAGCAGGUGGCCUGCUUCCACUGCGGCGAACUGUUCCGCACCAAGACUACGCUCUUCGAUCACCUGAGACGCCAGCCGGAUAACAACACGAACAGCUUCCAGUGCGCGCAAUGCUUUAAAUUCUUCGCCACCAAGAAGCUGCUUAAGAGCCACGUGGUGCGGCACGUUAACUGCUACAAGUGCACCAUGUGCGACAUGACCUGCAGCUCGGCCAGCUCGCUGACCACCCACAUUCGGUACCGCCACCUCAAGGACAAGCCGCUCAAGUGCAGUGAGUGCGACACACGCUGCGUUCGGGAGUCGGAUCUAGCCAAGCACGUCCAGAUUGUCCACUCGAAGACGGUGCACCAGUGCGAGCAUCCCGACUGCCACUAUUCUGUGCGCACCUACACGCAGAUGCGAAGGCACUUCCUGGAGGUGCACGGCAACAAUCCCAUUCUUUACGCCUGCCACUGCUGCGAACGCUUCUUCAAGAGCGGCAAGUCGCUCUCCGCUCACCUCAUCAAGAAACACGGCUUCCGUCUGCCUUCGGGCCACAAGAGAUUCACCUACCGGGUGGACGAGAACGGGUUCUACCGCCUGGAGACGACGCGCAUCGAGAGCUUGGAGGUGACUCAGCAAAUACUAUCGCCGCAGGUGAACGUCUCGCUGGAGAUUGACCUGAAACCAGGCACAGGAUCCUGCUACGAGAUCGUUGAUCCCACAAACACCGAGUUUGAGCGCAUCAUCGUCUCCAGCGAUCCGCACGAGGCGCAGCUGAUGGGCGAAGUGGUCAUCUCGCUGCCCAGCCUAACGGAGGAGCUGUGAGGCAUUCCAGGGUGUCGAUCGGCAGCCAACAAUUUUGAUCUCGUGUGCCCUUUACAUUAAGCAUUUAGACCUACGUAGAAUCUAAUGCGACAGGACGACUCUCUGGGAAUUGAAUAACAUUAGCAGCUUAAGGGUGUAAUUCUGCAGUACUUAUAGGAUAAGACCAUUUCGACUUGUUUGUAUUGCUAUUGCGACUGUUUGCCUUAUUUUUGUAAACUCAUUUUUACUGUGCCCCACUCUUUGUUUUUAGCAAUUUAUAUAGCAAUGUUCAAUGUCGAUUUCGCUUUUGUUUCGCCAUAUAUUUUAGUUCAUUUCCAUUUAACUUAACCAUUUAAAGUCGUACGCCUAAUACUUUUUUAACUCCAAAGACAAGAAAAGAAUUUCAAGGGCUAUUUAGCUAGUAAUUAGCUAUUAAUUCGUAUCAAAGCCGAAGAAUGCAUUGAUUAUUAACUAUCAUAUCUACAGUUUUCUUUGUGCGAAAUGUCUGUAAGUAGUCAAUAAGUGACUUGACUUUACUUUUUAAGUUAUGUAGCGAAUAAAAAACGUAGCAUCAAGUUAUUAGUUAUAA